AUGGGUUCGAUUCCAGAGAAGACCAUGCGUGCGCAACAGUACGAUGCGCGAGACAACAAACUCCACCUGAACGACGUGCCCAUCCCAACACCGCGUGAACAUGAGGUCUUAGUCAAGAUCGCCUGCGCGUCUCUCUGCCACUCCGAUGUCAUGCUCUUCGAGCCUAAUGACCAAGGUCUUAUUCUCGGCAAGAACCCUGUCACCAUUGGCCAUGAAGGAACCGGCAGAGUAGUGUCGACCGGCUCGGGAGAGGUAGCUAGACAGUUCAAGGAGGGCGACCCUGUAGGCUUCCUCUGUGCAGUCGACUGCUGCUUCGAAUGCUACUCUUGCAAGAAUGUGCACAACGCAUGGUGCGAAACCGGAGAGACCAAGAUGCAAGGAUUCAGUUCGGACGGUUAUUUCGCCGAAUAUGCAGUCGUGGAUGCUAGGGAGGUUAUCGUAUUACCCGAGAACCUGGACCCCAGAUCCUCUGCGUCCCUCUUCUGCGCAGGCGUAACAGCUUACCACGGCAUCGCUGACUGCCAGCUACCCGCCGGCUCCUGGCUCGCAGUAAUCGGAUGUGGCGGUCUCGGCCACAUGGGCAUUCAAUAUGCCAAAGCAAUGGGCCACAAAGUUAUCGGCAUCGACAUCACAGAGGCCGCGAUAGAAGAAGCUAAAUCAUGCGGUGCAGACUACACCUUCAACUCCAUGACGGACAAAGACUACACGAAGAAGAUUGUAGAGCUUACCGGAGGUGGUGUACAUGCAGCCGUCAACUUUACCGCAUCCAAGAAGUCUUAUGAUGAUUGUCCGGCGAUUGUUAAACCCGGUCAGGGUAUGAUUAUGGUUGUAGGUAUUCCGCAGCAGCCGCUUGAGUUUAAUGGACUAGAUAUUGCGUUGGGCAAGUAUCAGAUCAAGGGAUCGAGUAACGGGACAUGUUACAACAUGAGGGAGGCGAUUGAAUUUUCCGCAAAACAUGAUAUUAAGCCGCAUAUGACGGCGUUCAAGCUUGAGGAGGUGCCGAAGAUGGUCGAGUUGAUGAAUACGCAUAAAGCAAAAGGACGUAUGGGUGUUGUGUUUGAUUGA